AUGCCCAAUAUUAUCAAAAGGCUUUACGUAGAGUAUAAGGGCAGCAGGAAGCUCGGAAAUGACUUACCUAAACUAACCUUGGCUUUAAACCCAUUGGUUACCAUCAGGUACCUUAUCAGAACUUCAACUCCUGUCAUCAUCUUUCAAACCUGCAUUUUCAUCGCUGCAAUAACAUUUUCGCUUCUCAUUAUCCCUAUCCCCGCUUGGGCUGCAGUUCUAAUCGUCUUUGGCUUCAUCUUUGUGCUUCUAAUUCCAAUAUUAUCACAAUUCUUUCGUUACGCACUUCCGGUCCUAGGAUGGGUCUUUCUAUUCUUUUCCUCUCAAUACGUCCCACUCUCCCUUCGACGGCCUAUAACUGUGACAGUUCUUCCAGCUGUUGAAACCAUAUUUUUUGGCGAUAACCUCUCCCAGAUCUUGGCUUCAUACACUUGCACAUUCUUGGACAUACUUGCCUGGUUACCUUAUGGAUUAAUGCACUUUUCACUCCCAUUCAUAGUGGCAGCACUAAUCUGGAUAUUUGGACCGCCCACCACUCUCCGCUAUUUCGCCUGGUCUUUUGGUUGCAUGAAUCUUGUGGGUGUGGUAAUUCAAGAUCUUCUUUUUCCGGCUGCACCUCCUUGGUAUAAAGUUCUACAUGGACUAGAAAAGGCAAAUUACAGUAUGAAAGGCUCACCUGGAGGACUCGGGAGAAUUGACAAACUUCUUGGAUUCGAUAUGUACACCUCGACUUUCACUAAUUCACCUCUCAUCUUUGGUGCAAUGCCUUCUCUUCAUUCUGGAUGUGCCACAAUGGAUUGUUUGUGGCUAUGCUAUCUUUUCCCACGUCUUAGACCCUUAUGGUGUACCUAUGUGCUCUGGCUCUGGUACUCAACAAUGUAUCUCACGCAUCAUUACUUCAUCGAUCUUGUUGUUGGAAGCUGUCUAUCUGUCACAUUUUUUGGUAUCGUCAAAAUUUCAGGUCACUUACCUGUUUGUGAUAAGUUUUGCCGCUGGUCUUAUACUUCAUUUCAUUGUCAUGAUCCUCUAGCCAGCGAUCCACUCAAACCGGAAUCUGGAGAUGUUUUUGCCCUUGGACCAUUUGAAAAUUCUUCGAACACAGAUGCAUUUGUCAUUGACGAUGAUGAGGGCGAUGAUUUGAAUAAUUAUCUAAACACUGACGAUGUCAUUCCUUUAACUGCUACAUCUGAACCUACACAAACGCAAUUGCAAACAAAUGUCAAGGACAAGCACCUUGCCACAGCAUGA